AUGCCUCCCGACGAUGCUUCAUUCCCAUCCCGUUCUAAGUAUUCAACAUCCAGCUUUGCGGGCGUCUUUAGAUCAUUAAGUGCCUCCCGAGCGAAAUCGGUUUCCUCUACGUCACUGCGGGAUAGCGGUGACUCUUCCCACCAGCACACAGAUGGACACACGGGCUCUUGGGGCACAAUAGGGAUAGACUCAAUGCAUCGUGGAAGUGUCGUGUCGAGCUCUUCGGAUGCUUCGGGGACGCGGGAUUUUGAAUCGUCCGUCAAGGUGCUGGCGCAACAGCAAAACCUCAGCCAUGCCAGUGACGAAGCAGAACAAGUGGCCAAGUCCUUUCAGUUUUAUACUCAGGAGCAAGCUCUAGCGCUUUGGGAAGCCGGGUCGCACUUGAUACACCAGGCGGGGUCUUCCGAGGCUCGGCACAGCGGCUCCCUUCUGUUGGUAUCACUGUCAAGCCGCCAAGAUCUUUCUCCUGCAGCCCGACGCACAGUCUUUGAAUCUAUUUCGUCGCCGUCUGAACCCGACGUUAUCCCGGCUCGCGCUCAAUCCCUAAUAUCCUUGUCAGAUCAUGGCAGACGAUUAGAGUUUGCUUCCUCGUCUCUCCUACCUCUAAUCUCCUCAUUUAUCGUCCUGUUAUACGAAGUCAUCUCCUCAGCUAGAGCGAAGGCGAGGAAAGCUAAGGUCGGAAAGGCGAAUGGACUUACAUACGAAGAUACUGUCUUAGACGACCUCUUGCAAUUCGCGGUUGAUCUCAUCACACUGCAACGGAAGCAACCAGAAAGCGAUGAAGUCCAAGAACUGUUGGAUCAGAUUUUCAUCAUUUGCAGAAAGACGAGCGUGGCUGCUGAUAUAAAACAUGCUCUGGCUGUUUUCGAUGCAGUAAUACUCUAUGGGGAUGUCCCUAAUGGGAGCUUUUCCCCGAUGCUUGAACUACUCUGUAGCAUUCAUGCGUCCGUAAGAUCUCUUUCUGGCCCUACGUCAAGGGCCGUUCGAAAUCUGGCAAAAUCAAGACGACAGGCAGAAAUGGUUUCCACGCUUCAUUCGUUCCUACACAAUUCAACCGGAGAGCACAGCCAAAACCUCAAUGUUCUGCGCGGGGCGGUAUACGCUUUCGCUGACCUUAUCCGCGCACAUGGUCAGGAAGGAAUAGUCCAACUUGACUUCGAGCCUUUGAUAGAUUCUCUCCAAACAGUUGUCAAAAAGAAUGAUGGACGACUAGAGGCGGACGUCUUGGAGCUAUGUUUAAACAUGCUGGAGGGAGACUUCGCCAAGGUCACAUUGGAACAGAACUGGCGAGGGUUUGUCAACGUCCUUAACGCCUGUUCUAGUAGGAUUAUUGAAGAGCCCGAAGCCAGUACUACGCCCACUCUUGGCCCAGAAUCGCCCCAUUCAAAAGCCAGUGUCAUUGACGAUGUUAAGCCCAACAUCUUAUCCAACAUUGUUCAGAUAGCAUCUGCUGUGGGAUCUCUCUGGGAAAGCUUGGAUGGACAACAGAGACUGGAGAUCACAAACUUUCUCUCCAAUGUUUGUCAACACAUCGAGCCAACCCAGGCCGAGUUGAUACUCAACACGAUGAGAACCGAGAAGCUCUGUGAUCCUCAAACCUCAGGUUGGGUUCAGAGUUGUCAACAAGUGGUCAAUUACUUCAUCCGCGACCGCAGUAAGCCGGCCGAAACUCGAAUCGUGGCUCUGGAAACAUUGAAGGAGGCUUUUACUAGCUACGAGUCCUUGGCCCUCUUCCAAAAACAAGGCCUGCUAGAUCUUAUGCUAGAAGGUUUCACUGAUGAAGAUAGCAUUAUAUUCCUAGAGUCCCUAAUUUCCUUCCUCGUCGACAAUGUUGUUCCUUCCUGUGGUGAUACCACUUUCAAAUCGUUGAUUGAUAUUAUCAGUUCACCAAUGACUAAAGAUGUGAGCACGGAAGAGCCCGACUCGCUUCCAGUGUCUCCCGCAGAAGGUCGAUCAUCGAGUUUCAUGCUGGAGGUCUCCCUGGCCAACAUCUGCUCUAUUGGACUCGUCCGAAUCUUUUUGAGGUCACUCACCCAAUCGGCGGCUAAAGCAGUAAUAGCCUAUGAAGGCCUUUUGGGGAUAGCUGAGUCUUCAGAUCGGCCUUUGGACGCACGCUUGACCUCUCUCAAAAUGCUUUUUAGAAUGCGAUGUGAUUCCUCGGGCUCUAUCAUCGUUAUCUCGGUUCCUGAAGAUGAUUUUAGGAUGAGUAUUUCCGGCCGCAGCCUUGACCCAAGUUCGUUGGCGAACGACCCGGAAGACCCAGCUGGAGAUCACAGCGCUGAUAAUGACUCUGGUGUACCAGUGCCUCUAAGGAGGUAUCCUGUCCGUGGGUCAUCAUCCAGUGCUUUGUCUAGAUCUACCGGGCGUAGCGCUAGCUAUUCCCAGCGUGCGCCAAAGUUGUCUCAUCCUGUAUGGGCUGUCACUACCCCACAGGUCCUACCCGAGGAACCUCCAGACGGUUCCAGUCCAUUCUUAUACGCCCAUGCAACACCUAACGCACCAAAUCAAGAAGAUUCAGAAUCCACUGAAAGAGUCGCUUUGAAAGCGAAUGUGUGGCUCGAAACAAUCAUCAUGCUGCUUCAGCGUGAAACGAAGUGGGACAUUUACAGUUAUGUUCUGACCCACCUAUCCCCUCAGCUUCAGAACAAAGAUCUCUUCAAUACCGCAGUCCCUCAAGUCAAGCUACUGCGCAGCGUCUUGUGUGAUCAGAUUAAGAAUGAUUCCUUCCGUGAACCGCCUAUAAACACCGGGGUGAAGAAGUCCGACGUGGCUGGCUACAUAUUUGAUUCUCUGUGCGUCCUAAUAAGCUACCAUGAACAUUUUGCAAAAAGUGAGGAGGACGAACUUGUACGAUCGUUCAUGAUGGGGAUUAUCGGGUCUUGGGGCAACACAUCCCGCGGGUGCAUCCAUGCCCUCUCUCUCUGUUGCCAUGAAAUCCCUCUUUCAGUCACUAAGGCUCUGAACGGAAUCUUUGACAAAAUCUCCAAAGUCAUCACAUUAUCCAAUCUUGCUGUCCACAUAUUGGAAUUCUUGGCACUACUUGCACGACAACCCGAAGUUUAUGUCAACCUGCGAGAGGAGGAGAUUCGUACCGUUUUUGGAAUAUGUAUUCGGCUUGUGCAGACUUCACGAGAGCACAGGCUGAAAACUUCCGAGUCGCCGACAAGAAACCCACAAGGUGCCACGAGAACUGGCAGCGUUGUCCGCGAGACUGCAGCGCUUCCCGGCAAUGACCCAUCGGACACGUCCGUUCAGGAUGCUAUGUCCAGAUAUAUUUAUACCUCGACACAUCACGUCAUGGUGUUUUGGUUCUUAUCGCUGAAGCUCCAAGAUCGCCCAAAGCAUGUCAAUUGGAUAACUAGCAGGCUUAUUUUCACCGAUGAACAUGGGAAAGAGACAGUGGAAGAACAAAGCCAAGUGUUCCUUGAUUUAAUGCAAAGGGUCGCCUUCUCGGAUUUGGGUGAAACCAUUCCUUUUGCUACAUUUCCGCCUUCCGCCGAGGAUGGGCCAGCGAUAAAGAAGUCGUGGAUUGUAGGCAUGAGCAUCGUCACCGCGGAGACUGCUAGUGUCUCAGGGUUGACUCAAAUUACCAAGCGACAAGCAUCAGGGACAACUUAUGCAGUUUACCAACAGCGCACUGCGCCUGUCCUUCCCCAUCAAGUCCCAGCAACUCAUGACGCACAUCUGCAUCCAGAUAACAUGAGUACCAGUGUUCUACCCAGUCACAUUAUGCUCCAGUUGACAUCGACGGCUUUCCCUACGCCCGUUACGACCCAGCCAAUUCCACUACCAGAUGAUGACAUGACCCGCCGGGCGCUGAGCACAUUUGACCGGAAUGAUAUUGUGGAUGGUCAUAAGAUUGGUGUCGUAUAUAUCGACGAUGGCCAGACUACGGAGGCAGAGAUUCUUUCCAACACUGUCGGCAGUUCCGAUUACGAAUAUUUCCUCUCGGGACUUGGCACCAAAGUGUCGCUCAAAGAAGCAAGGUUCAAUACUCAAGGUUUACAUGCCGAAACAGAUGGAGAAUUCACAUACGCCUGGCGUGACCGGGUGACUGAAAUCGUUUACCACGUCACUACGAUGAUGCCAACCAACUUUGACAGCGAUCCGUCCUGUGUCCUUAAAAAGAGUCACAUCGGGAAUGACUUCGUCAACAUCAUUUUCCACCAUUCCAACACCCCGUUUAACUUCAACACCAUACCGUCGCAGUUCAACUUCUUCAAUAUUGUCAUCAGCCCUGUGGCUCGGCUCACGGAAGAAGAAAAAACAGGAUCUUCACGGACAUCUAAUCCCGAGAACAUGUUCUACUCCGUGAAGGUAAUGAGCAAACCUGGAUUCCCGGACAUUUCGCCUGCCGCGUCACCAAAAGUUAUUUCGGGCAAAAACCUCGCACCGUUUGUACGCAUCCUAGCACUGAAUGCUUCGGUGUUCUCCAAUGUUUGGAACAGUCAGGGUGAACAUAUUUCGUCCUGGCGCAACAGGUUGCGUGAGAUCAAAAGGCUACGCGAGCGAGCAAUGAAUUCUCAGUCCCAGAACCCAGAUAGCCUAGAUGCCACCUAUCCGACUCAACGCCGCAACACCAAAGCCAAUAUCUUUUCGGAAGAAGUGCCGGUACGUACCAGCGUAGGGAGGUCUGAGUUCUCUACCGACUGGAAUGCAACAGCGGACUCGAACAUUCUUCAGAAUCUCGACUUCACCCGCUGGGCAAGGUGA